GAAAUAUUUUCUAAUCAAUUAUCUACAUUUCAUAAUACAUUAAGAUUAAUUGACGAGGAAUUAAAAAAACAAGAAGGAUAUGUAAAUGGUCUUAUUUUUAUGGCAGCAUGGCGAUUUGUUAAUGACUCAAAAGACUCCAGUAGAGCAUCUUCUGUAAGCAUUGAAGAAAUUUAUAUCUCUGAUCAAAAUUCAACUGAUAUUGGCGAUCAAGAACUGGUUUUAUCAGAAAAUGUCGCUUCAGCUAAUGUGAAUCUAGCUUCAACUUACUUUUUCUCAGAUCAAUUAUCCUCAAAACAAUAUCAAAAUAUUUCAUUAACAAACAAAACUGAUGAAAAUUGGCCUUGA